UGCAAAGGAAAUAUGACAUGGAUGAACCAGUAAUAUGAUGUAGUGUGGUGUAGAGAAAGCUUUUUGUUUUUUUUAAUCUCUCCUGAAAUAGUCAAAAAUACAUAAUUGUAGAAUUUAUACAACCAGUGUAUUAAUAAUAUUUGUAAUCAAUUUUUUAAUACAUGUAGGAUAGUUUACAUAUUAUUUUCCACCAUUAAUUAUCCUAUCAAAAAUCUUUAACGUCAAAUGCAGAUUGAUUAGAAGUCAGAAGCCAAUGAUGAGAAACAACACAAUAACAUUUAUCCUGCUGGGACUGACCAAUGACCCACAAAUGAAGGUUGUGAUUUUUAUCUUUCUAUUUCUCACCUACAUGUUGAGCGUAACUGGGAACCUAACAAUUAUUUUCCUCACUUUCAUCAAUUCUCACCUUAAAACUGCCAUGUACUUUUUCCUACAAAAUUUCUCCUUUUUAGAAAUCUCUUUUACAUCUGCUUGUAUUCCCAGAUACCUCUACAACAUGUCAGUCGGUGACAGGACAAUCACAUACAACAAUUGUAUCAUUCAAAUUUUUUUUACUGACCUCUUUGGUGUAACAGAAUUUUUUCUUCUUGCCAUCAUGUCCUAUGACCGAUAUGUAGCCAUCUGCAAACCCCUAUAUUAUGUGACCAUCAUCAACAAUAAGGUCUGUAGAAGACUCAUCUUGUAUUGCUGGACAGCUGGGUUAUUGAUCAUACUCCCACCACUUAGCCUGGGCCUAAAUCUGGAAUUUUGUGACUCUAAUGUCAUUGACCAUUUUGUCUGUGAUGCAUUCCCUCUCCUAAAGAUCUCAUGCUCAGAAACAUGGCUCAUAGAGCAGGUGGUCAUAGUUUGUGCUGUGUUGACCUUUAUCACCACUCUUGUAUGUGUUGUCCUGUCCUAUGUAUACAUCAUCAAGACCAUUCUUCAAUUCCCUUCUGCCCAGCAAAGGAAAAAGGCAUUUUCUACCUGCUCUUCCCACAUGAUUGUGGUUUCCAUCACCUAUGGCAGCUGCAUCUUCAUCUAUGUCAAACCCUCAGCAAAGAAUUCAGUGGCCAUUAAUAAGGGUGUGAUGGUUCUCACUACAUCCAUUGCCCCCAUGCUGAACCCAUUCAUUUACACCCUGAGGAACAAGCAAGUAAAACAAGCCUUCAAUGACUCAAUCAAAAGGACUGCAUUGUUCUUAAAGAAGUAAGAAAAUUUCCCAAUGUAGAGCAAUCAUGUUUUUACUAAAAGAUGACUAGUCCCAAAAUAUGUGUGGGUGUGUGUAUAUAUAUUUUUUUCUUUUUUUUUUUAAGGUUUUAUUUCUUUGCUUUCCCGGAAAGGAAACUGUUUCAGGAUACAUUUCUCAUUAAAAGAAUAUAAUACAUUUUUAAGAAGCAAAAUAAUGACUUCACAUUUAAAUAAGCCUUGACAAAACUGCAAACAAAACAAAAUUAUAUAAAUAGAUUUGAUGAGUUCA